GUAAGUUCGAUAACUUGGAGUGAAGAGUAACUAUUAUCAGAAGUUAGUUAACUGUUAAGUGUUCAAGUUUUCAGUUCAUUCCAGUGUGAGAAUAUCUUUGAACAACAUACUAUCCAAAACUGCAGACAAUUAACUUUAAUUCGUUAAGUUUUUCUCGUUUUAAUUAUAAAUUCUGAUUAAUCAGUUUCAUUGAUAAAAAUCCUAACUACGAACAAGAAAUAAACAAAGUAACAAGAUUAAAGGUUAAAUUAUCAUUGGAAUCAAUCAAUUUCUCUAAUUUCUUAUUGAAUAAUAAUAAGGAAAAAAGAAAUAAAAUAAAAUAAAAUCGGAAAACCAAAAUUCAUUUGAUUUUAUCCUCAAGUUCAAGUCAAAAAUUGUCAACAAUGAAUUCAUCCUACAAAUUGUCAACCGUUUGCUGGUUAAAUCUGAUUAACCUAACCCUUUGCCUCUAUUUGAUUGCUUCCAUUAGUUUAGUUGAUUGUUCAUCACUUCGUUGGUUACCAACAUCAUCUGAUCUCACCUUCCAAUCAAAUGGUGAUGAUCGUGGUUCCGGUUACAAUUUGGAUCCAGUAACCAAGGAAUGGAUUCAAUGGCGGAAUAUGCUGAAUGAACUGGAAAAACAACGACAAUCAAAUCUUGAUUCAAUUCCAACAAAUGAUAAACGAGGAUUAGAUCUUGGCCUGAGGCGAGGAUUAUCUGGACAAAGGGCAGCUAAGCAUCUCGUUGGUUUGGCUAAUGCUGAAUUUGCUGGUGGACCUGGAAAGAAGCGAUAAAAACGUUAAUUGAAAAGCCAACAAUCAAAGAGAUUAAUCUGAUUAAUCAACAGUUUCCAAGAGCAAAAACAAAAAAAACCAAUAACAAUUAACUCCUUAUUCCUAAUCAUUGAUUGUUAAUCAGUUAGUUAACCAAUACUAAUCCAAUUUGUAACAACUUCAUCACUGGGAAACAUUGACAUUAGUUAAUUGUUUUCAAUCAUUUUGCUUUCUCAAAUUAUCAACAUCCAAUUAGAAAUCCUGUUAAUCUGUUACAAUUAGUUGAUCAUUUUAAUUUUUCCAUCUUUCUCCCCAAUCCCUUUAACCCUUCAUCUCUUAAUCUUGUUACCUUGUUAAUCCAAUUUCAUCAUCUUAAUAAUAAUUUGGUAAAAAUUGAUUGUAAACAAAGAUUUAAUCAAAAAUGUAUAAUUAAUAAUAAUUAGAACUCUGAAAGAAACAAAAAUCUAAAGCCAAAAUUCAACUAAUCAAUGAUGACGAUGAACAAUUAACUUUACUAAUUAGUUGAAAAGUUGGUUUGGUUAAACUUAAUUGUGACCAAUUGAUUAUCAAAACAAAAAGUUAAAUCCACUAAUCGUAAAUUCAAUGUUAAUAUAAUAAUACUAAUUGCGAUUAUAAUAAUUAUGAUACUUUUAAUUUAAUCCGAUUUUAUUUAUAUAAUAAUAACAAGAAAAUGAACAACAAUUUGAUUCCUCACUGAUUUACUAAUUGUUACAAUAAUCAACCCCUCGUUUCCGUAUUAAUAUUAAUUUUGUUUCUCUAAUACUAUUACAAUUACUCAAUCAAAUCUAAUUACUUAAGUCCUCAAAGCCUAAUAGUUAAUUCAUUGAUUAAACUUCACCCUUAUCAUGUAAUCAUUUUAAUUAGCAGGGAACAUGAAAAUUAAAAUCUUCAAACAAUCAAGCUUAAUUACCUAGAAA